AUGAAAAUUGAUGUUUGUGAAAAUAUCACCGAAAAUUCUAGUGUGCCGGAAAAUGAAAAGUUUCCAGAUAUUAUAAAACAACCAGGAACUUCUUUUUCUGCACAACUUCUAGAUAUGUUUCGGAUAUUUUGGACGUUUACUUUUCAUUUAGGGCCUACUAAAUUUUUUGAUUGA